CUGGCAACGUCCUGUAAUUUGUGGAAGAAGGUUUUUCGUUUUUAUGUUGCAGUACAGUGGUUCAUUUAUAAGCGUCAAAUCCAAAAUUUAAAAUUGUAGAAUGAGUCGUAGAAAGCGUGAUGAUGGAUAUGAGCAUGGCUAUCGUAAAAGACGUAGAGUUGUCUCGGAACAGGCUGAAAUAGAAGAUCGACUGGAGUCUCUCAUAAUACGAGUUGGAGACAAAACCUCGUCAUCGUUGGAAAGCAAUUUAGAAGGGCUUGCGUCUGUUUUGGAAGCUGAUAUGAACACCUACAAAAGCAAAAUAUUGCGUAUUUUAUCGGAAUGCCCUAUCCAGAUGCCAGAAAAAUGUACUAUUUACAGUACAUUAGUUGGUCUGCUAAAUGCAAAAAACUAUAAUUUUGGAGGAGAGUUUGUGGAACAAAUUGUGAGAAACCUGAAAGAAGCCAUUCGUGAAGGGCAGUGGGAAUCUGCACGGUUAAUUGUGCGCUUUAUAUCUGACAUGGUCAACUGUCACAUUGUUUCUGCCUCUUCACUUUUACAACUGUAUGACAGCUUCAUUGAUGCUGCAAUGGAACAAGGAGUUCCGCAAGUGCGACGCGACUGGUACAUGUAUGCAUUGUUAACUGCCCUUCCAUGGGUAGGACGUGAACUUUUCGAGAAAAAAGAAAACGAUCUCGAACGCAUCAUGGCGGCCAUGGAAGGUUAUCUUCGUCGAAGAAAUACUGCUCACGUUGCUGCUCUUCGCGUCUGGAAUUGUGAUACUCCGCACCCACAGGAAGAAUACCUUGAAUGCCUUUGGGCUCAAGUACGAAAACUGCGAACAGAUGAAUGGCAAGAAAGACACAUCUAUCGCCCAUAUCUAGCAUUUGACUCUAUCUUGUCAGAGGCCCUUCAACACAAUCUUCCAGUUAUUCUACCUCCGCCGCAUACAGCUAGUACACAAUAUCCACUUCCGUGGGUUGUGUUCAGAAUGUUUGAUUACACCGACUGCCCUGAAGCCGGCCCUCUUCUACCUGGGACCCACUCGGUGGAGCGCUAUUUGAUUGAGGAGCAUUUACACCAGAUCGUCACUCGACAUCAUAAUGAACGCAAGGAAUUAGCUACCCAGUUGUUGGCAUUUCCGCAGAGAAACAAAAUCCCCCUAGAAUACAUGAUCGUUGAAGUUCUUUUCUCAGAGCUGUUUCAUAUGCCAUCGCCGCGUUAUUUGGAAAUUUCUUAUGGCUGCACACUAAUUGAACUGUGCAAGCUUCAGCCUAGUACUAUGCCCCAAGUUUUGGCACAGGCCACAGAACUGCUUUAUGAACGAAUUGAUACCAUGAACGCCACCUGUUUUGAUAGAUUUGUCUCUUGGUUUUCAUAUCACUUGAGUAAUUUCCAAUUUCGUUGGAGCUGGGAUGAUUGGCAGAACUGCCUUUCACUUGAGAAAGAUCACCCUAAGGCAAAGUUUGUAUCAGAAGUCUUUGGAAAAUGUUUGAGGCUCUCUUAUUUUAAGCGCGUGAAUGAAAUGGUGCCAGAAUGCUAUUCCCCGCUAUUGCCUCCUAAACCGGAACCUUACUUUAAAUACCAAGUUGAAGGUGGAAGUGGUCUUCCGGGUGCAACUCAAGUGCAGGCUCUAACUGAGCUGUUGAGAAAGAAGCCAACGCCCGAAGAGGUUCUUGAGUUAAUCCAGCAAUUACCGAAUCCCCUUAAAGACGAUGACGGGGAUAUGGAGCCCUCACACAAUCCCCUAGCGAUUGAAGUAUUUGUUCAGACUUUACUACAUUUAGGGUCAAAAAGUUUCACACAUACAUUUGCAGGACUUGCUAAAUACCAUUCAGUCUUCAAGAAUAUUUGCGAGAAUGAGGAAGCACAAAUAUGUAUGCUUCGUCAGGUUUAUGAAUUAUGGCAACACCAUCCACAAUUUUUAGGCGUAGUGGUUGAUAAGAUGCUAAAGACACAAAUAGUCGAAUGUUGCGCUGUAGCAAACUGGAUCUUUUCACGAGACAUGGCACCCGAAUUUACUCGCUCUUACAUCUGGGAGAUCUUGCAUUUGACCAUUCGCAAAAUGAACAAGCAUGUUGUCCGCUUAGAGAAAGAGGUGGCUGAUGCACGCGCCAAACUUAGAGCUGCUCCUUCUGAUUCCGAAUCGUCUGAUGAUGAUCCAAAUAGAGAAGCGGGGGAGAAACGUCGCCGAACCUCCAGUAAUAAAGACACGCCAAAGGAUGGUGAGGAACAGCCUACAGAAGAGAUGGUUGAACGCAUGGAGGAACGUUUGGAAGCCGCCCAAUCCGAUCAAAAGAACUUGUUCCUGAUAGUCUUUCAACGUUUCAUUAUGAUUUUGUCGGAACACGUCGUUCGUUGCGACACGGACGGCAAGGAUUUCAAUACGUUUUGGUAUCAGUGGACUGUUGGUCGGCUUCAGCAAGUUUUCAUGGCGCAUCACGAGCAGGUGGAAAAAUACAGUCAGACAUUGGAAACCCUGCUGUUUACUCAUGAUUUGGAUGGCAAUAUUCUCGAUACUUUCCGACAAUUUCAAGCCCUUCGCAGUUAAUGACAAGAUCCUUCAUGCCGUGGCCAAUGGCGAAGCUUUCCUUAAUGGAUUUUCUUUAUUUUGACAUGUUGUGAAAUGCGAAUACAAAUUUGUAAUCCAGA